AUGCAUCCGCAGAAUUUUGCUGCUUUUGUAAUCAAAGCAAUGCUAAUAGAUGUAAAUGGCUUUUCAUCAGAUUCUACAUGCCCCCAAACUGUUAAUUUCGUCCAUGGUUACUCGAUGAUGUCCAAUCCUGAGCUUGUAAGAUUAGCAUCAGAGAGUAUGAAGAAUCUGAGGCCUGAUGAUCUGAGGCAUGCUGCAGAGCAGCUAAAACACACAAGAACCGAGGAUAUGGUAGAAAUUGGUGAGCAAGUGGCUAAAGCGAAGCCUGAAGAGAUUGCAGCUAUGAAGGCUCAUGCAGAUGCACAGGUCUCUUAUGAAAUAAGUGCAGCUCAGAUGCUGAAGCAGGAGGGGAACAAGCUCCAUGGCCGUGGAAUAUAUCGUGAGGCUGCUAAUAAAUAUCUUCUUGCAAAAAACAACUUGAAAGGCAUCCUGUCAGCCGAGAUGGGAACUCUUCAGUUGCAGUGUUCUCUUAAUCUAAUGUCAUGUUACCUGAAAACUGGGCAACUCGAAGAGUGCAUCAAGGAAGGUUCAGAGGUUCUGGUAUAUGAUGCAAAUAAUGUUAAAGCUCUUUAUCGCAGAGGUCAAGCAUAUAAAGAACUUGGGAAUUUGGAGGCUGCUGUUUCCGAUUUGAGAAAGGCACAUAAAUUUUCUCCAGAAGAUGAGACUAUAGCAGAAGUUGUCAGAGAUGCCAAUAAAAAAUUGAUGGAAGCUAGAGACAAGAAUGCGUCGAGAGAAAUAGAUGAAGAAGAGACCGAUCCAGUACAACCAGAGAGUGAAAAAAUCUCACCUUCAGAAUGGUCUUUGUCUGAGCCGGCUGAGGCCAGUGAACUCUCUGAAAAUGGCAGGUCAAACAAUGGAGCUUCUGCUGCUGAUGUUGAGUACUUAAAGAGCUUAAGAGACAGUCCUGAAGCCAUCAGGUCAUUCCAAAAUUAUAUUUCAAAUGCCAAUCCUGAUGAGCUAUCAGCUAUGGGUGUUGGAGAAUUGCCACCUGAUAUGAUUAAAACAGCCUCGGGUAUGAUUGGCAAGAUGAAGCCUGAAGAGCUUCAGAAAAUGCUGGAAGUUGCUUCUUCUUUGAAAGGAAAAGCCCCAAACUUUCCAAACACUAAUGGAGAUGGAUCAAAGUUCGGUUCACAAAUGCCAGAGAUGGCGCGAGCAACGAUUAAGAUGGCAUCUGAUAAUAUGAGCAAGAUGCCUCCUGACGAGCUUUAGAAGAUGCUUGAA